AUGAGCAAAAAGGGAGGAAAGAAGCAGAACAAGCAAGGUGAGGCAUCUUUUUGAAUUUAUGUUAUUAUUUUUGGUUUAGUUGUAAAAUACGUUUGUGCAUACUUUUGACCUAUUAUUUUAGUUGAUGAUUUGGACAACCUGGACGAUCUGUUGAAAGAAGUCAACCUGACUACCGAGAAAGCCAACGCCAAACAAACGGCGAAGAAAGGCAAAGGAGGAGCGAAGGGAAAGGCCCAGAAUGCUGAUGUUGGACAGGUUGAAGAAGAGAAGGUGGAUGAAAACGCGAAAUACUUUGAGGAAAUCAAACAGUUCAAGCCGAUUGAUAAGCAAUUCCCCAAUGGAGACUUCCCUCUAGGUGAAUGUCAUGAAUACCUGCCAGGAAAGGAUGAUACGACCACGUUGAAUCGAAUGACAUCACAAGAGAAGAAGGGAUUGGACUCUUCCUUUGAUCACAUGUACAAGGACUUCAGAAGAGCGGCCGAAUCUCAUCGUCAAACCAGGAAAUGGGUCAAGAGCUGGGUGAAACCGGGCAUGAAGAUGAUCGAUAUUUGGUGAGGAUUUUUAUUUUAUUUACUGUUUGUGCAGCAUUUGUUGUUAAAAGUAAUGUCAGGACUAACUUUUUGUUUCAGCGAACGUCUCGAAGCCCAUUCUCGUCACAUGAUCAGUGAAGCUGGACUAGACGCUGGCCUAGCCUUCCCAACUGGCUGCUCCAUCAAUCACUGUGCUGCUCAUUACACUCCGAACGCUGGGGACGAAACUGUACUGAAGGAGAGUGAUAUUGUCAAGAUUGACUACGGUACUCAUGUGAAUGGUCGUAUCAUCGACUGUGCCUUCACUCUGACCUUUGAUCACAAGUUUGACCCAUUGAUGGAAGCUGUCAGAGAAGCCACGAAUGCAGGUAUCAAGGAAGCCGGUAUUGACGUCAGACUUUGUGACAUUGGAGAAACGGUGGAGGAGGUAAUGACUUCGCAUGAGAUCGAAAUUGAUGGCAAGACUUAUGUUGUGAAGCCGAUCAGAAACCUGAAUGGCCAUUCGAUUGGACAAUACCGUAUUCACGCUGGAAAGACCGUGCCGAUUGUCAAGGGAGGAGAUCAAACCAAAAUGGAAGAGAAUGAAGUAUUUGCCAUUGAGACAUUCGGGUCGACUGGUAAAGGGUAUGUUCAUGAUGACAUGGAGUGCUCUCACUACAUGAAGAACUACGAUUUGGCCGAUACGCAUAUUCCUAUUCGGUAAGUUGUCGUUUGAAGAGAAAAGAAUGGCACUUUUCAAGAAAUAUCAUUGAAAAAGGAAAUAAUCUUGAUGAUUUUAAAAAUCAUAUUUUUAAAAGCUUUGUUGAAAAAUCAGUUUUGCAAUAUAAAAUCUUUUGUUUUACCUACUGAUUGUACAUUACUUUUAGUCUGGCACGGUCGAAAGCCUUGUUGAACACGAUCAACAAGAACUUUGGCACUCUCGCUUUCUGUCGCCGUUGGUUGGACAGACUUGGCGAGUCCAAAUACUUGAUGGCUUUGAAGGACCUGUGUGACAAGGACAUUGUCAACGCUUAUCCACCGCUUUGCGAUGUGAAAGGAUGCUACACCGCCCAAUGGGAACACACGUUGAUAUUGAGACCGACCUGCAAGGAAGUUGUCAGUCGAGGCGAGGAUUAUUAG